AUGGGACCACAGGAGGCUGGAGCAAAGAUCGAGGAACCCACAAAGCAUCGAGAGUAUCAUGUUGAACAAGCAGGAGAAAAAACCCGGAUUUCAAACAGCUCCUUUUUGCGAAUUUUAGUCUUAUUUCGAGUCAUCAAUAGCUUUUUUGUCAAUUCAUUCUUUCAACCCGAUGAGUUUUGGCAGUCCCUUGAACCUGCGCAUUUCAAAGCGUUUGGAUAUGGAGAAUUGACUUGGGAAUGGAAGUUCGGACUGAGAAGUUACGCUUUUUCGUUUUUGUUCGAAUUAGUUUACCGUUUGGUAUCGCUAAUAUCUACGUUUUUGGCAUCAGUUGUAGGCUUUGCCAGUAGCAUAUUCACAGUGCUGGUAAGAAAUCUGAUACCGGAUAGCAAUGGCGCUUUGGAAAUGGUACUGGAAAUGCAGAAGUUCCCACAAGAGAUAAAAGAGUUCGCAGAAUACCAAGGUAUAAUUUAUGGUCCAAAGAUCAUGAUGGCGGUCUUGGCAGGUUUUGGGGAAUGGUAUGCCAUAAGUUUUGCAGCCAAAGUCUACAAGUCAUGUUUUGAGAUUGACAUGAAAAAUAAGACCCGCGAAAGCGCCCUAGUCAAAAGAAAUGCGUUAAUAAUCUCAGUGACCAAUUUUUUUAACUGCUUCUUCAUUACCAGAACUUUCAGCAAUACAUUCGAAAUGGAUUUGACCUGCAUUGCUCUGUACUAUUGGGAUUGGUCCGGUGGUCACAAUGUGACAUCGACCAAGUUUACCGUCAGUCUAAUUUUGGGCAUCUUUUUGUGCUUUCAAAGGCCGACAAAUGCAUUUAUUUGGUUGCCCUUCGGCCUUUUCCUCACUCUGAAUUUGUUAAGAACUCACCGCUUUAAAACUUUAGCCCGUUUGAUCUAUAAAGUUCUGUUCACUCUAAUUUUCGUCAUAGCUGUGAACUUGGCGGUCGAUUAUUAUUUCUAUGGAAAGAUAAUGUUUCCCGCGUUGAGAUUUAUCAAAUUCAACUAUACUAGCGCGUUAUCGGAGUUUUACGGUACAGCUCCAUGGCACUUUCACCUGUGCCAAAGUGUGCCACUCAUAGCUGGUUACUCGUUGCCCUUAGUGAUCCUCGGCUUCUAUUCUUUGAGAUCCACCACCAAAAACAGCCUGUUUAAUGACCCGCUAAAGCAAAUUAAGCUUGUCAUCAUUCUUGAGAUUCUCAUCUUCUCUGUCAUCGGCCAUAAGGAAUUCCGUUUCAUGUACAAUUUGCAGCCCUUUUUCCUUGUGAUUUCCAGUAUUGUCCUACUGGGGGUGCUGCCCAAAGCCCAGAACGGACGGCCAAAACCACUCAAAUGGUACUUUUGGAUGCCUCCAUUCAUAUCUGUGGUCGCAGCCCUGGCUCUUUCUUCUCAUCAUGAGACUGGUGUGAUUGAAGUUACCAAAUAUCUGCAUUACAUCCCGAAAGUACACAGCAUAGGGUUCGUGAUGCCUUGUCAUUCUACCCCUUGGCAAUCCUAUAUUCACAGGAAUAAUACACAAAACUUAUGGUCCAUAUCAUGUGAACCACCUCUACACUUGCUACAGGAUCCAUCAGCCAGAGAAAAACUCCACCAUUACAUGGACGAAAGCGAUUGCCUCUACGAUGAUGCCCCAAAGUUCAUAUAUCAGAAUUUUCCUCCCGCAUUUCGCAAGAACCUUAGGUCACCCGAUAAGAAAUGGACCUACGAAUGGCCAGAGUAUUUGGUAAUAUUCGAGCAACUCGACGACCUGUAUCUGAACAGCUAUCUUGCAGAUAGCGGUUACAGAGUAGAUGCAAGGUUUUUCAAUACACUGAGUCAUUGGGAUUCUAGAAGGUCUGGCGAUGUGAUAGUAUAUUACAAGCCUCCCUGGUUUUGA